AUGCCCGCCAGUGAUCUGAUUCAGUACGCUGCUCCUACGUCGGAGCACGCAAUCCCUCGUACAGGCUCUCAGCAUAUAGGAGAGUCUAGUCAGGACGCAUCGUUUGGUGGACAAACCCAAAGUGAGACCACACUCGACAUCCCAACACCGGUGUUGUCUACCGAACCCUCGUCGGAGCCCCAAGAACCACCUUCUCGCUCAUCAGCUCCGUCUCCUGCCCCCACCGAAAUUAUCCCGCUGGACCUUACACAAGAGGAAAUUGUAGAAGAAAUCCAGAAAAUGGGAAUUAAAGUUCGCGAUUUUGGCCACGAGGCCGUUCCCAUUCCGCAGCGCGCUGCCGAGCUCUUUGAUCCACUACAGGCGUGGAACACGUACGAGACCGUAAUUUUGCACCCCACUAUGAUGCGACCAUGUCUUCCAGGGAAAAUAACGCGUCGCUUGCUUGAUAUUGGCUGGCUUAAGAGGGAGGAGGAGGAGGAGCGGUGGAGUAAUAAAGACAGGGAAGCGCUUGAAGCCUACGACAAACGACCACAUUACCCAUGGCGCGCGUACAACCUUCCCAAACCCAAGCGGGAUGCGCUUGCUAAGACGUGGAGAACGAGAUUUCAAGAGAUUACCGCAGAACAAAUGCUAGCGACAAUUGCCAGACCCUUCUCCCGGUUUAGGGCGCCUUUUGAGUUUGGCGGGAAUGUAGAGAAAAAGCGUGGUGCCACUGAUGACCAAGAGGUGCAGGAUGGGGACGUUUCACCGCGAACCAAAAAGCGACGGUUGGAGCAGCAAAUUGCAGCGUCUUUGGCACCAACGCUGAACCAGCCCCCUGUUUUAAUCAAUGGUCGGCCGCCCCAACAAUACCCAGCUGGUAAUCCUGCAGACAUGCAGAAGCCAUCCUCCUCCUUUCAACCGACUUCCACCCGUACGCCCCAGCGCGUAUUGUCCUAA